GAGGAAAAGAGGAGUUGCGCGACGGAGCCUUCCGCAGCUGCUGCCUCAGUCCGAAGGAGGAAGGGAACCAACCCACUUUCUCAGCGCCACGGCUCCUCUCUAAAGCAAUGUGAAAACCUUUUCAUCUUCUGAUAGUCUAGCCAAGGUCCAAGAAGUAGCAAGCUGGCUUUUGGAAAUGAAUCAGGAACUGCUCUCUGUGGGCAGCAAAAGACGACGAACUGGAGGUUCUCUGAGAGGUAACCCUUCCUCAAGCCAGGCAGAUGAGGAACAGAUGAAUCGUGUAGUAGAGGAGGAACAGCAGCAGCAGCAGCAGCAGCAGCAGCAACAGCAGCAACUGAGACAACAAGAGGAGGAGCACACUGCAAGGAAUGGUGAAGUUGUUGGAGUAGAACCUAGACCUGGAGACCAAAGUGACUCCCAGCAAGGACAAGUGGAAGAAAACAAUAAUCGAUUUAUUUCAGUAGAUGAGGACUCCUCAGGAAAUCAAGAGGAACAAGAGGAAGAUGAAGAACACGCUGGUGAACAAGAUGAGGAGGAUGAAGAGGAGGAGGAAAUGGACCAGGAGAGUGAUGAUUUUGAUCAGUCUGAUGACAGUAGCAGAGAAGAUGAACAUACUCAUAGUAACAGUGUCACAAACUCCAGUAGUAUUGUGGACCUACCCAUUCACCAACUCUCCUCCCCAUUCUAUACAAAGACAACAAAAAUGAAAAGAAAGUUGGACCAUGGUUCCGAGGUCCGCUCCUUUUCUUUGGGAAAGAAACCAUGCAAAGUCUCAGAAUAUACAAGUACCACUGGGCUUGUGCCAUGUUCAGCAACACCAACAACUUUUGGGGACCUGAGAGCAGCCAAUGGCCAAGGGCAACAACGACGUCGGAUUACAUCUGUCCAACCACCUACAGGCCUCCAGGAAUGGCUAAAAAUGUUUCAGAGCUGGAGUGGACCAGAGAAAUUGCUUGCUUUAGAUGAACUCAUUGAUAGUUGUGAACCAACGCAAGUGAAACAUAUGAUGCAAGUGAUAGAACCCCAGUUUCAAAGAGACUUUAUUUCUUUGCUCCCUAAAGAGCUGGCACUUUAUGUGCUUUCAUUCCUGGAACCCAAAGACCUGCUACAAGCAGCUCAGACGUGUCGAUACUGGAGAAUUUUGGCUGAAGACAACCUUCUCUGGAGAGAGAAAUGCAGAGAAGAGGGGAUUGAUGAACCAUUGCAUAUCAAGAGAAGAAAAGUAAUAAAACCAGGUUUCAUACACAGUCCGUGGAAAAGUGCAUACAUCAGACAGCACAGAAUUGAUACAAACUGGAGGCGAGGAGAACUCAAAUCUCCUAAGGUGCUGAAAGGACACGAUGAUCAUGUGAUCACAUGCUUACAGUUUUGUGGUAACCGAAUAGUUAGUGGUUCUGAUGACAACACUUUAAAAGUUUGGUCAGCAGUCACAGGCAAAUGUCUGAGAACGUUAGUGGGACAUACAGGUGGAGUAUGGUCAUCACAGAUGAGAGACAAUAUCAUCAUUAGUGGAUCCACAGAUCGAACUCUCAAAGUGUGGAAUGCGGAGACGGGGGAAUGCAUACACACCCUGUAUGGGCAUACUUCCACUGUGCGCUGCAUGCAUCUCCAUGAGAAAAGAGUCGUUAGCGGUUCUCGAGAUGCCACCCUUAGGGUUUGGGAUAUUGAGACAGGCCAGUGUUUACAUGUCUUGAUGGGUCAUGUAGCAGCAGUCCGCUGUGUUCAGUAUGAUGGCAGGAGGGUUGUUAGUGGAGCGUAUGAUUUUAUGGUGAAGGUAUGGGAUCCAGAGACUGAGACCUGUCUACACACGUUGCAGGGGCAUACCAAUAGAGUCUAUUCAUUACAGUUUGAUGGCAUCCAUGUGGUGAGUGGAUCUCUUGAUACAUCAAUCCGAGUUUGGGAUGUGGAGACAGGGAACUGCAUUCACACAUUAACAGGGCACCAGUCGUUAACAAGUGGAAUGGAACUCAAAGACAAUAUUCUUGUCUCUGGGAAUGCAGAUUCUACAGUUAAAAUCUGGGAUAUCAAAACAGGACAGUGUUUACAAACAUUGCAAGGUCCCAACAAGCAUCAGAGUGCUGUGACCUGUUUACAGUUCAAUAAGAACUUUGUAAUUACCAGCUCAGAUGAUGGAACUGUAAAACUAUGGGACUUGAAAACGGGUGAAUUUAUUCGAAACCUAGUCACAUUGGAGAGUGGGGGUAGUGGGGGAGUUGUGUGGCGGAUCAGAGCCUCCAACACAAAGCUGGUGUGUGCAGUCGGGAGUCGGAAUGGAACUGAAGAAACCAAGCUGCUGGUGCUGGACUUUGAUGUGGACAUGAAGUGAAGAGCAGAGAAGACAAAUUUUGUGUAGACGAUAUACUCCCUUCCCUUCCCCUGCGCAAAAAAA